GAAGACCUGUGUUGCAUUCAGUCUCUUGUCACUCCUCUCGGGCUGUGGUGGUGGGAAGGUGGUCCUGGGCGAAAAACACCGUCCAGAAAAGCGACCGACGGGGCAACUUUACAUGUUUUUGUACAGUCCUUCCAUCUCCUAAACAAACCAUUAAACUCCGGAAUUGACACAAAAUGUCGCUGACAAAUGAAGUGACGGAUUUGACUUGUUGGUCCUCGGGAGUAAAGUUGGGAAAGUACGAGGUGAAAAUGGAGAGCCCAGCUGAGUGAGAGUGGGGUGAGGAGGCUGGAUUUGGCAAAGUUGGGAGUCCUGCCCUGCUGCUGCUAGCAGGCUAGUUAGCAUGCUCAGACACUUCGCUAUCUCGGAUAAAGCUUCCCUCCGCUGUUCUCCAGCCUGUGAUUCUCCAGGGGAGCUGCUUUAUCUGUGGCAAGACCGCUGCUGACAUUGCAGCUUCCCCCAAUGGAUCGGAGCAUAGUUGAUGAUCUUAUUUUCUGUGGAAGAUCUGCCUGAAUCCUUCUGCAUUUUUCCUAAAGGCACUUAAACCUGUUUUAGAGAACUGCUCUGCCCCCCAGCCCUGAUCAAUCAUUUUUGCCCCGUGAGCAUCAAUAUAGCUGUACUCAUGCAGUUUUUUCUCAAACACUCAACAUAUUACGACAUCUGAGAUGGGGCCCCGGUAGGUUCUUAAAGGGGCGUGAGGUACCCCCUGCCUGCCAACUGUGCCGUCUGUGUGUGUGUGUGUGUGUGUGUGUGUGCGCGAGACCCACCGGCACAGGCCUAUAAAAGAAUACUGUAACAAAAAGAACCGGUAAUACAGUACUUGCUGAUGGAGCCGAGACACACAACGUGCUUGCCCAGAAUAUAUUCAUGAACUGUUGGACUUUUUAAAGUGGACGUAAGUGGAUGUAUCGGGUGUAUUCAUGAACUGUGACUGCUGAUGCCAGCUCAUUGGGACGUGAGUGGGUGUAAUCAGCUUUAUUCAUGAACCCUCUGUCUGAGUCUGGGUACGGCCUGGAUGGUGGAUGUCCUGAGUGUGUUGAAUCAGCUGUUGCGGUGAUGAGGCAGGGCUCCUGGUGGCCUGUGAGGCUGGCUGGGCAGUGGCCCAAGGUGAUGUGAUGGGGUGCAGGAACAGUAAGGUCCUCCCUGAGCCUCCAGGGGAUGUUCAGUUGGACCUGGUCAAAAAGGUUGAUCCUCCCCAACCUCCUCAGACAGAUAUCUAUAAGCACUUCAUACGAGGGGAUGGCACUAGGAGCAAGAUGGGUGGGGCCGGUGGAGGGGGAGGUGACAAGGCUGACUCCACCUCCCCUAAUCAAGCUCAGGCCCAAGCUGCCACUCCCACCGCUUCUGCCCAGCCCCCUAAGGACCCAUCCGAUCUGUCGGACCCUCAGCGGAAGAAAGUGGCAAAAUAUCGGGCAAAGUUUGACCCCCGGGUCACGGCCAAGUAUGACAUCAAAGCUUUGAUAGGUCGUGGGAGUUUUAGCCGGGUCGUCCGUGUGGAGCACAAGAGCACGCGGCAACCGUAUGCCAUCAAAAUGAUAGAGACCCGUUACCGGGAGGGCAGGGAGGUGUGCGAGUCAGAGCUGUGUGUUCUACGACGCGUUCGUCACACCAAUAUAAUCCAGCUGAUGGAGGUCUUUGAGACGGCAGAACGUGUCUACAUGGUGAUGGAGCUGGCCACAGGAGGAGAGCUCUUUGACCGCAUCAUUGCUCGCGGCUCCUUCACAGAGCGGGACGCCACACGGGUGCUGCAGAUGGUGCUGGAUGGCGUUAAGUAUCUCCACACUUUGGGGAUCACUCACCGAGACCUGAAGCCAGAGAACCUGCUCUACUACCACCCCGGAGCUGAUUCCAAGAUCAUCAUCACUGACUUUGGUUUGGCCAGCAGCAGGAAGAAGGGAGACGAAUGUCUGAUGAAGACCACCUGUGGAACGCCAGAGUACAUUGCCCCAGAAAUCCUGGUGAGGAAGCCCUAUACAAACGCUGUAGACAUGUGGGCACUAGGGGUGAUAUCAUACAUCCUGCUGAGCGGAACCAUGCCCUUCGAGGACGACAACCGCAUGAGGCUCUACCGGCAGAUCCUCAAGGGGAAGUACAGCUUCUCUGGGGAGCCGUGGCCCAGCGUGUCCAACCUGGCCAAAGACUUUGUGGAGCGGAUUCUAACAGUGGACCCCAGCGAGCGUCUCACAGCUGGCCAGGCUCUCAAGCACCCCUGGAUCGUCAGCAUGGCUGCCUCCUCCUCCAUGAAGAAUCUACAGCGCUGUAUAUCUCAGAACCUCCUGAAGCGGGCGUCCUCACGCUGCCACAGCACCAAGUCUGCCCAGUCCACUCGCUCCAGCCGCUCCACCAAAUCCAACAAAGCCCGGCGGGUGCGAGAGAAAGAGCUGCGGGAGCUGAACCGUCGCUAUCAGCAGCAGUACAAUGGCUGAAACAGGGACAGUGACAGCCAGUGGCUGUAGCAGACCUUGUACUUUUAGGGGGAAACAGCACUACAAUGACUGAACUUUUACAAUGACUACCACCAUUCGAAGUUGCUGCCAGUGUUUGAGGCCAAAGUGGCUUCAAGUUCCAAAUCAUUGCCUUAAAAAAAGAGGACAAUGACUUGACUCGACCAUGGCUACCAGCAAAAGUAGAAUUAAGAUUGAAAAGUAACUGCUGCCAGCUGAGAAUUCCUCUGGCAGCGCGUCUCCUGACGAGCACAGAGAAGGACACACCAGUAAAGUUUUGAACUCUUAAGGGUUACAUCAUCUCUCCAUCCAUUCCUUCACUUUUUCUCUGGCAGGAUGGUGCCUUCCACUCCUUUGCUUUUGUUCUUUCAAUCCCUGUGUCUCUACAUAUUUAUUUAUUAUUGUUGACAUGAUUAUUAGUCUCCAUUCAAAUGGUCACUGGAUAAUGACCUUCCAUGAGGAUCUGUUGAACAGAGUUCUGGGUACUGAAGUUUUUAAGAAGAAAGGGAUACUUUUAGAAGAGGGGGAAACAAUUUCCCCGCACUCAUUCCUGAUUGAAAAUUGCUGUGAAUUUAUUGUUGUACCAAUUGUACAGACCUUGUCUUAAGAUGUGGGUGAUGCAAGCACACUGCAAAAAAAACCACACCCUUAAAGGUCAAAAUGAAGGCUUAUUUUUUAGUCACUUCUAAGCUUAUCUAAUCUUGCCAUUAUUGCUCUGUUGAUACCAUUGUUCUAAAACUGUCAAAAGAUUGUGAAGCUGUUUUGUGUUAAAUCCUCAGUGUAUUGUAUUAGACAGUAGGCCACACAGUCCACUCCCUGUGAUUUUUAGACUUCAACAGAUUCAAUCAUGAGGUGCCUUCUAUGAUCCCUUCAAGCUGAAGAGCAUUAUUCUAAUAGUUUGCUGUCUUUAUAAGAGGAUGUGGCCGUUUAAGAUGUUAUGUGGUUUUACUGUUUCAUUGUUUGUGUCAGUGGGAAUGGUAAAUGUUGUGUGCAGCAAUGAAGGCAAAGAUCUCUGCUGCCAAUUGCACCAGCUCUUUGUAAGUUCAAACUGAGCUUUGUUUAAAACACAAGUGUUUACUAAGUGGAGACUUACACAUCACUAAAUUAAAGCAGGUUGCACCACACAAAUUAGUCCUUACGUAAAAAUUAAUAAAAUGUUGACUACAACCUGUAGCUAUCUCAACCCACUGACAAAGCUAACGUUAGCUUGCUAAUAUUUGACCCAUUCAUGUCUUUGCGCCUCCUAGGAUAAAGAAGGCAGGACCGGCCUUACUCUGCCAUGCCCCGCCUCUGACUGGCUUACCCUAACCAAUCCCACUCUUCUUGCCUAAACCUACCCAACCAACAAAGGCAAUGAGUACUAGCCCAUCACAGGGAGAGUAGGGUGGGUCAUGCCUUCGAUAUCCUAGGAGACACAAAUUUGAGACACGUUCAAACUGAAGAGUAAAAGAGAUAUUUGACCCAACACUGGAUCAAAAUGCUGUUUGAUAAUAAUGUUAAAUGGGAAGACUUUAAAUUACAUUUCUGAAAAAACAACUUGUUAUGCCAAGACUGAUCAUAACUAUAGCUAAGUUUGUCUUGUUUGUUGUUUGUCCCCCAAAAUUGCACAUUUUAAAAGUUACGCUACAGCUUUACGAGCUUUGACAUUUGUAGUGGUGUAGUCUCGCUCACCAGACCUUUCUCAAGAAAAGAAAGGUCUGGCUGGGCCGACUCUCACUGUGAGAUUGGAGAAAAAAAACACCCCAGCUGCUUGUACUUCUUUGAACCAAUCACAAUCGUUCUGGGCGGUGCCACAGCAACGGUGCGCUUGCAAAAAUAUUGCCAGGGGGAAACAGGUUUUGGUGUAACACACCCUCAAAAAUAUCGCCUACAGGACACGAACCAUGGCAGGAAAAUGGCUACAUCCCCGCAAGAUCAAACACCACAAAAGUUAGUAAAGGACGUGUUGAAAACGGUUGAAAACUGCUACACAACCGGAGAUGGUAGGGCGGGACUUCAGCGUGGUUCGUUCCGCCCAAUGAGAGGCUGAUCUCUGCAGCGAACUCCCGCCCACUCAGACUAGUAGCGGUGUAACCUGAUUAAAUAAAUCACGAGUCAAAACUAGCUAGUUAAAGAGGACAUCUGGUAUUUUUCAGCCUAGACACUAUUUUCCCACGUCUUAGUGUCUAAAUGACUGAUGUAGUCCAGUACUAAGAGAGAGUACUGAAGCCUGCAACAGCGAAACAGGCUACAGUGUAACCACUCAGAGCAUGUGUCCCAUUAAUUUACGUCCACUAAAAGUGUUUUAACAGGCUCAGAUUAUUAUGGCAGUCUUAAAGCAUUAUGAAAAAGACCCUACAGAGAUAUUAUAAUGUUUUUCCAUAAAUUUCACUGGUUCCUUUCUGGUUUCUGUCCAAGCCUCAUCAAAGAAGUCUUGUUUUGAUAUUUUGCAGUCUUUUUCACAUUGUUGAAAUCGGCUAAUUAUUCAGCCAUGACAUUGAACAUCUUUUAGAUAAUGCUAAACUAUGCUUACUGUACUCCCAACAAACUCUUCCCAGCACUCUUCUCUCCAAGGCUCUGUCAUGUUUCCACUGUUAGAGAUAUUUCAGAACGAGACUACUCCUUAAGCGAGACUUGGACACAAAACAGACCAGAACAAAUGAAGAAUUGAUCAACUUCUCUGUAGGGUUUUUUCUCUUAUGUUUGUUUUAUCAGUCUAAGCCUGUUAUUGUCAGAAACAAGCACUUUAAAUGUACGUACAUUGAAGGGACUCAUCUGCCCUGUAUAAUUACAUUGCAGCCUAUUUCGCUGCUGCCAGCUGCAGCACUCCGGCUGAGUACUGGACCACUUUUAAAAAGAGCUGUUCCCUCGAGUCACUUAGACAUAAAAACAUAGGAAAACAGGGUCCAGGUUGAAAAUACCGGAGUUCCUGUUUAACUUCGUAAUAGUAAUAACUUCACAGCUGGUGCAACCCAACUGAUAUCCAUAGCACAGCUCCAAGGCAGAGAAACCCAUCGUCCUAAAUUUGUUUACUACACAUGACCAAAAUGAAGGAAACCACUGAAGAUGAUGAGCAGCAUGAAGAGGUGAAUCAAAUGACCAUUAGUAUGUAUGAUUAUAAAAGAUGAUGUACUGCAUAUGUUUUCUUUUGUUUGUAAAGGUCACCUUGUCUAUGAAAGUGCACUUAAAUCAGAAUAAAUUCCAAAGGAAGAGAUAAACUCAAAUUUAUUAAAUCCACAAAAUUCAUAGUCAGAGAACAACAGAUUGUAGCUCUCUUAUGUCCUGCACAGUAUGUUUUUGGUGCUACAGCAAUAAUCUGAAAUGAGAAUAGACUAGGCAAUUUGUUUUUUGUAACAUUAUGGUAUAGUUUUAAUAGUAAAAGGCUGCAUUACAGUAAAGUGGAUUUUCUGAAUAUAUUAAACAGUUCAAGCAAAGGGAAAUGCAAAAUGAGCACAACUUCACAUUUUAUCAUAAUAUCCAUGUUUAAAUGAUUUAAAAUGAUUCAUCUUCAACUUUGUCAAAAAAUAAUGUGAUAUUUGAAUAUUUGAUAAGUGAAGAUUUUCCUAAAGUAGCACAGCUUGUCUGAAAAACAAGUGAGGAUUAUUUGCCUUUUUAUGCCUUUUGUUCCUCCUUUUAUCUGGCGAAGCACUUAAUCUCUACUGUUAAAUUGAAUUUUGGUCUAAAAUUGUAAUUUACCUUUAUAUCGGACUCCGUCUUUCUGUAUUUUGUCCCUUCAGAACUCCCCCAUAGUAAAUCAGUUGCUACAGUGUGGUCUUCUUUAUAUAAGCAUUUUGCUGUGAUCUACCCCAGACUUAUGAAGUGUGUUGCUGUUGUGAACUUUUUAACACAUACUGGAAAUCUAACCGAGCCAUGUCAGCUGACCUCAGUUUUUCCCUUCUCUUUUGUCUUUUGUUCUUUGCUUGUUUCAAGAUGCCCUGUCAUCUUUCCAUUUUCCUUGAUGUAAGUCAGAUUUAAAAUUUUGUUUUCUUUUGUCCCACUGCUGUUAUCUGCCCUGAUGUCUCAUCUCUUGGCGGGACUGAAUUGUUUAUAAAAGACUGUAAAUGACGCUAACAUUGGAACUGGUAUUGGUACACUCAGAUCAUCACUCUGUCCUACUGUUUUUUGAAAUUCUCCGCCCAAAAUGUGUCUUUUUAAAAUCAAACGCACACUAUGUAAGCUUUAAAAGGUGCAGUUAAAAUGAAGAAACCAGCUGUGGUCAUCUCAAAACAAAGAUUUUUUAGGUGAGGUAUCACUCUGAGGUGUCCUACUUUCUGCAACACACAGUAUGAUGAGGUGACAUUAGUUCUGGUAGGUAGUUAGUUCAUUGAUUGCUCCUAGAGCAUAGCAUCUAUGUGAAAUAAACAUUUUUUAAGACUCAGUCACAAAGUAAUCAUUUGAACUCAAAGGAAUUGCUGUGGUUGAAGUAGUCAGCAACAUUAUUGAGUGCCUAUUGUAUACCAUGUUCAAUGAAUGACCCAAUCAGUUCAUUAGCAGUUUUGCAGAAUGUCAGCACAUUUGUAAGUCUGUCCUUUCAUGUUUUUAUAUAUCUGUGUGAUUUUAUAUAAAUGCUGUCGUCCUAAAUGAAGUAGCCAACUCAUCACUGUUAUCUGAAAGCAGUUUUUUUGUUAUUAUGUGUCUAAAUGAAUGAUAACACUUUGAUUCUUCUACCAUUAACUUUUAUUUUUCUAAACGGUGAGUUGUAUGUGCCAAUAAAACACUCGA